CUCCGUCUCCGUCGUACGGACCAACCCAAUAUUUUUUUUUCAUUUCCAUUUUUAUUUUACAGUUCCAUCUCUCGCUUUCUCAGCUCUACUAUUUCCCCAAAUCGAUGGUUCCAUUGUUUAUAAAAACUCUCUUUUCUUUAUAAAAAGAAAGGGAAAAAGUUUUCAAAUUUUGCUGGAAUCGGACGUUUUGCUAUUUUCAGGUAGAAUGAAAGGAGGGUUUAAUGGAUUGAAGGGUAAACAAAUCUCCCUUAUUUCUAUAGUUCUCAUGUCAACAACUAUUCUCAUGUGGGCAUGGGAGAAAACCCCACUUCUUACUACCUUGGUUCCGGCCGAAACCGAAACCCGGUUGCAGGUGUCUCCAGAACUGAGGGAUGUUGUUGUAGAUAGGGCUGUACCAUCGCAACAAGAACUAGAUGUAGGCAAGGGUGUGACGGCAUUAGCAGAGAAGGAUGCCCGGAAAGAAGAAUUUCGUGCGGGGUUAGGAACUACGCUAGAUUCCGGACAAGAGUCUCGUAAAAGCGAUGGGAUUAAUAGUGAUCAAGUGACAGACCAUGUUGAGAGUAAUGGGAUUUCCUCAAGUGAAUUAAAAGAAGCUGCUAAUGUAGUUGGAGAAGAAGCUUCAAACCCAGAAGAGAGGACGUCAGUUGAUAGAAGACACGGAGAAAAAGCAGAAGAAAAGAAUUCAGUCCUACAAAAACCAAUAGAUCCUGCUUAUACAAAUAUCUCUGUUGGGGGAAAUCUCGAGGACAAAUUAACUACUCAUAUGGAAAGUCCAGGCUGCAAUUAUGCAAAAGGAAAAUGGGUUGUAGGUGAUAAGCAGCCAUUGUAUUCUGGGUUUAGUUGUAAGCAAUGGUUGUCAGGGCCGUGGGCUUGCCGGUUGACACAGCGCACAGAUUUUGCCUAUGAGAUGCUUCGAUGGCAGCCAAGAGAUUGUCAAAUGGAAGAAUUUGAAGGCUCCAAGUUUUUGAAAAGGAUGCAAGACAAAACUCUAGCUUUUGUUGGAGAUUCAUUGGGUCGACAGCAGUUCCAAUCUUUAAUGUGCAUGGUUACAGGUGGUAAUGAGAGAAAAGAUGUGAUAGAUGUGGGGAUGGAGUAUGGGAUAGCCCAAGCACGUGGCGAUGUCCGCCCUAGUGGGUGGGCUUAUCGGUUCCCAAGCACUAACACUACCAUCCUCUAUUACUGGUCAGCGAGCCUCUGCGAUGUGCAGCCUAUUAUUCCAACAGACCCAGCCACUGAUUAUGCCAUGCACCUUGAUCGACCACCAGCAUUCUUGGUCCAAUAUCUUCACAAAUUGGAUGUCGUGGUCCUCAAUACAGGGCACCAUUGGAAUCGUGGGAAGCUCAAAGCUAACCGCUGGGUAAUGUAUGUUGGAGGAAAGCCAAACAAGGACAAGAAGAUAGCGAUGAUUUGGAAGGCCAAGAAUGUGACUGUCUACAGUGUUGUUAAUUGGGUCAACUCACAGCUCCCAAAAUAUCCAGGUCUCAAAGUAUUCUACCGAUCCAUCUCGCCAAGGCAUUUUGUUGGUGGGGACUGGAAUACAGGAGGAAGCUGUGACAACACGAAACCCAUGUCAGUAGGAAAGGAAGUAUUGCAAGAUGAGUCUAGUGAUGAAUCUGCUGCCGGCGCAGCGAAGGGAACAGGGGUUAAGAUCUUGGACAUAACAGCUCUAUCUCAGCUUAGGGAUGAGGGUCAUAUAUCCCGGUUCAGAAUCCAAGCCAAACCGGGCAUGCAAGAUUGUCUGCAUUGGUGCUUACCUGGCGUUCCUGAUACAUGGAAUGAAAUUCUGUUCAACCAAAUCUAGCCCCCGUGCAAUUGAUGCUGAUGGGGUGUUUAUCAAAUACCUCAGAAGGGUUCUGCGGGUCAUGUAGAUGGCCGAAAGCCUCUGUGGCGCUAUCUGAACACCGUAAACUCUUAUAAAUGAUGCAAAAUCAAUGAAGGGGAGACGCCACCAACAGAUUUCCAGAUAGAAGUUAGAUGCUGGCUUUGAUCACUUGAGAGGUUACAUACUGUGGACCGCACGAUCCCUAUGGAUCUCGACAUUUCUAGUUUUAGACUCUCUUCAGUUUUGGAGGGUCUUUUUAACCCUUAGAUUGGGGUUUUUGGAGUAAGCGCAACGGUAUCCGCCUGAGAACCGAGUAGGGAAUUCUUGAAGUAAAUGUUGGGUUAAUAGAGGAUGGUACGCUGAAAUUGAUUCCUUUUAUACAUUGGUUAGAGGAAGAGGACUAGUUUAGUUGUGAAUUUGGUUGAAUAUGUACCCCCAUAGUGUCAAAUAUACAGCUUCUGUUACUAAAUUGAUGUGCUGCAGGACCGCAAUUGUUAGGAAAGAUGAUUUGUUUUCUCUAUCAAAUAGAUUGGGCCAUAUUGACCCUUGGUUCGUUUA